AUGGCUGACACAGCUCGUCACCCAUUGCUGAUCUUGCUUGCCGUUGUGGCCGCUACCGCGAUCAUCGUGGCCAUCAGCGUGGUUGUAGUGUUGUACCACAAAAGGAACAAGAGGAAGAAGAACAGGGAGCUCAGCGACGCCGGGUCACGCACGUCUGCAAGGUGGUUGCCGCAAUACAACUCUUACGCCGUUGGUAAGUCGUUCACAUUCGAGGAGAUAAGGGAGGCAACCAGUAAUUUCGCACAGUCGCUGGUGAUCGGCGUGGGCGGCUUUGGGAAAGUGUUCUGCGGCGUCGUGGACGACGGUACCAAGAAAGUGGCCAUCAAGCGGUGGAACCCGUCACCGGAGCCCAGUUGCAAGUCCACUCUCGACUCAUAA